ACUGCACAAUAAAAGAACUGAAUGAGCUAUUUUUAUAAACAUGCUUGGCAUUUGCUUGUGUCGUCCUACUGGUCUUUGGGUUGGGCAACACACCGGUCUGUGUUUAUUUUCUAGAGGGUGGUGCAUUGUGAUAUUUUAUGAAUUCAUAGAUUUUAUUUAAGUUCAGGUAUGUGUGCAUUCAUGAUUUGAAGCCCAAGUGUGGAUGUGAUAGACAAUAAUAAUUCAUCAAGUGAAUCAAGUGUUACUAACGUAGGCCAGGGAGGGAGCUGAAGGACAAAAUGGGAAAGCUCUGGCUUAUUAUAGCUGCUUUCAUAGUGAGCCUUUGUCAAGCACAAUACACUGUUCUUGAGCAAGUCUGUUCAUCUAAUAAGCAGUCAGUCAGUGUUGAUGCAUUAAAUGCACAAGUACUUAUUGGAGGCCUUUUUGAUAUUCGAGAACCUGGCAUAAAUGGAAUUGGAUGUGGAAAGCCUAAUCCAGCAAUGAUGCAAGUCUUCGAGGCUGCCAGAUAUGCUAUCACACUAAUGAAAAACGAAUUUGGUAUUAAUUAUGGCAUGACCGUGUAUGAUACAUGUUCUAACCCUAGACAAGCAGUGAAAGGCUUGCAGAGCAUCUAUCCACAAACUACAUCAAAUAACCCAUUCUGUCCAUCAAACACUAUGGUUUUGACAGGUGUGGUUGGAUCAUUGUCUAGCUCCACCUCCAUGAAAGCUGCUGAACUUGCCUCUCAGUUAUCUGUUGGUAUGGUGUCGCCAGCUGCCAUGGCAACUGACCUCAGCAACAAGUACAGAUACCCAACAUUUCUCAGAACAGUUCCUUCAAAUACUAUUUUAGCCAAGGCUGUCACAGAACUCUUAAUCCAGCUGAGGUGGCAGAAUAUUCUUGUUGUGUACGUCAACGACGACAAUGGUAGAAACCUGUACGAGCAGCUGCUACAAGCUACAUACAACCAGGGGCUGUGUGUGUCUUUUUCCUUACCCCUUGGUGCUAGCGUUGAUAAAGACAGCUACAAAACUGUGCUACAAAACAGCGGUUACAGCAACUUUGGGGCAGCGGUACUUUUGGCUUCAGAAUCUCAGAGCAGGGUCAUCAUGCAAGCUGUAGAUGAGGUUACCAGCUUCAGCAGCACCCAGUGGAUACUCACUGGCCUGGAUAUUACAACAGACCCGAGCUCAUUGAAUCGCGUUCGUGGUGCACUUGUUGUUUUACCUCGCUCCCCAUUCAUUCAAGAAUUCAAAGAUUAUUUUGUUGGACUCAAAUCCAGUCCACUAAACAAUACUGGAAACCCCUGGUUUAAAGAAUGGUAUGAACAAACCUACAGCUGUUCAUUUGCAGCCAACAAUUGUGCUGCCCCACCGUCCUUAUCCUACUACUUCCAAAGCCCAUGGGUAGUCCCAACCAUCAAGUCCAUGUUUGCAUAUGGUUCAGCAGUUCGCACAGCAUGUAGCAACAACAGAGGACUAUGCAGUGAUUUAAGCAGAAUAUCACCCCAAGACUUUUAUUCUAUACUGCAAAAAGUUGACUACACGUUUCCCGAUACUUUCUCUGUCUCUGGCUUGAGGAACCAAAGAAUCAGAUUUGAUGCAUUUGGUGACUCAGACGCUUCUGAGUUUACUGUAUACAAUUUCAAUAACAGAGGUGGUAGCUAUACAUUUGAAGAGAUAGGGGCAUACGUAUCCAGUGUUCUGACUCUAACCAAACAGCCUGUCUUCUAUGACUCUACAAGAAAUAACGUCCUAACAAGUAAUCCUACGGCUACAUGCCAGUCUUUAGGAUGCCUGAAUUGUUUACUGCCUCAAAGAAACGUCACCUACCGCUACUCCCCAGGUGACAUCGUUAUCGCCUCGUUAGUCCAGGCACACUUACCUGGCCGUACCCCGUUCACAUGCGGGGAUGGGAUUAUCCCUAGAUUAUCAUCCCUCGUGGCUAUCGAGUGGGCUCUGUCCAACUAUAAAAGAAUCAACCCUAACAAGCUGAAUGGAGUAUCCCUGGGGUACAUGAUUGCAGAUGUCUGCCCAGACUCACUGGUAGCACGUGGGUUCCUCACAGACCUGCUGAGUGGAAAUAACCGUCUGACAGACGCCAGUGGAGCAGCUAUUCCUUCAGACACAAUACGCGCCUUCAUUGACUUGACAGAGAGUGACACAGCGAAGAGCGUGAGCCCAAUAUUAUCCAGUUACAUGAUCCCUGAGGUACAGGUUGGGGCUACAACGCCUGACGUGAGAAACAGCCUUGCAACACCCUACUUCACACGAGCUGUACCCAACGACGAGGUCUUCUACAGUGCUGUUGCUAGCAUGCUCCAAUCUCUGGGAUGGAAAUAUGUGCAGGUGGCAACUUAUUCAAGUGGUCCAUACAAUGACAUGACACAAACAUUUAUCAAAGUGGCUGCCAACUAUGGUAUUUGUGUGGUGAGCACAGUUCAGCUGUUUGACAGUACCUUGACCAGUCGUUACAACACUAUGCUGGAUAUGUUGCUAGGCAACUACGAGUCACAGGUUGUUGUGGUCAUUGGAGGUCAAGAAGAUGUUAGGGGCCUGCUUACAGCCCUCCGUUCAAGAAAUGCUGUUGGACAGCUGCAACUAGUAGCUGGGACAGACAUGUGGGCCAGAAAUCCAGACUACGUCAAAGGUCUAGAGACAGCGGCCGAAGGGUCCAUUGUAUUGGGUCUAGAGAUGGCUGCGGAUGCUGACUUCAACACCUACAUCAGGUCUCUUAGCCUAACCAUAAUCCAGGCCCAGCCAUUCCUGCGUGAACUGUUUGAGAUCUCCAACCUGUGUUCUCUAGAUCCAUCCACCAGAGGAAUGUACAGCAGGACCUGUACUGCUAGUGAUAGCUUUAAUAUAUUUCAGGGUAAAACUCCAUACAUCAUCCAGAGUGUGUAUACACUGGCAGACAAACUACACGAGCUUCUCACUGAACUGUGUAGCAGCGGCUACUCAGGCCUCUGCGCUAACUUCCGUUCUGCUGCCAAUAUUAGCAUGCUCCUAGACGCUAAGCUACAAAAUUUGGCCAAGUCUAAUGGCUAUGGCAUCAAAAACGGAGAAGGGAUUACGGAUUAUAGAUUUUUUGUCUACAAACAGAGCGCCUACACACAGUUUGGACAGUUCAACACAGAAAACCAGAUGCUGUCCAGCAUGACUGCCAGUCUGCUGGGCAACUACCAAACCAGAAUUUCUAGAUGCAGUGGAGCCUGUCUGUCAUGUGACUACAUGUUUUCAAUUCAAAACAUUCAGUACAACACUGGUGAUUGGCUGAUUGCUGGGGCUUUUAGUGCUAGUGACCCAGGUCCAGACCUGCUACAGCCCUAUGUGUGUGGUGCCAUCAGGCUAAGCAAUGGCCCACAGUACACGGCGGCCAUGCUUUUUGCCAUUGAUCAAGUCAAUAAAAAGUUAGCCAGUGUUUCUGUGCCAGGAGUCAAGUUUGGCAGUCUUGUGAUGGAUCACUGCAACAACCCAAACCGCACCAACCUGCUUGUCUCUGGGGUCUACUCCGGACUGAUGAACAACAUUGGGGUGGACAACAGCAAGGUGCUGGCGUGGAUGACUGACAACACUGCCAGCACUGAUGAGGCGGAGAAAAUUUUAAAUCCUCUUGGUGUUGCCAUUGUGAGUCCAUCAGCCACCUCAGCUAAACUGAAGUCCUACCCCAACUUCUUCAGGACUGUACAGGGAGACCAAACUAUUGCCCUGGCUCUGGUGAAGAUCAUCAAGGCUCUUGGCUUUCCUUACAUUCAGCUGGUGUAUGGAGCUAAUGAUUACGGGCGAGGGGGCAGGGACACACUGACUGCUGUCACUCAAGCAGAGGGGAUCUGUAUCACCAACAGCCAGGAGCUGUCGUCCACCAACACUGCCGGUCAAGUUAUAGCUUCACUGCUGGCACAAAGGACAGAUGUUGUUGUCCUGUUUUUGGGCAGCUCCGACACCGACACCUUCUUGACCGCUGUCGCAGCUGACAGCAAUGCCAGGUCUAGGCUGGUCAUUCUCAUGCCUGAGCCUUACACUAAGAUUGUGCAGAAAAUUUCCAGCAGCAUAACCCGCCCUAUAAUCAGCCUGAAAAUGCAGAAGAAAAACACCCUGUCAAAAUACAACGCCUACAUCAACAGCUCUCCCAUCAGCAACCCGUACUUUGCCAAAUACUACAUGAAAGUAAUGAACUGCAACCUCCCAGGGUACUCCACCUACACUAGCCCAUGUCCAAUGCCUCUCAAACCCAUCACCAACAGCGCCAGCUACGAAGAAGACAACUACGUCUUAUCCACCAUCAACAGCGUUUACGCUAUAGUCAAUGCCCUGGACCUGACCAUACGUGAUUAUUGUGGACAAAACUACGUGACACCUUGCUAUGUCUACUACGCUUCAUCUAACAAGCUUGACAGAUUUAACCAGAGACUGAACGACGUCAGCUUUGUUGAUGAGGGACAGAACAGUUUCCGUUUCUUGGACAGAGAGGGCAACACAGCGUACGACAUUCUACAGUGGCGAAAUGGGGCUGUUGCUUACACCUCAAUAGGGAGCUACGCCGGAUCAUCCCUAGAUUUAAUGGACUCCAGUUUAUCUUUUUACUCUACCGUUGUAUCACAAUGUGCCGGGUCCUGUAUCACCUGUAACAUACGGGCUCUCAACUACUCAUACACGACUGGGGAUAUUUACCUGGGAGGUAUGUUUGACGUCCACGACCGAUCCUUGAGCCCUUUCACAUGUGGUGGGAUCAACAAGAUUCACGGGUUCCUUCUCCUGGAAGCCUUCCAUUACGCCCUGGACAAAGUCAACUCCAAAAAGGGCCAGUUUGCCGACAUUUUGAAGAACGUCAAGCUGGGCGGUGUUGGGCUGGACGCCUGCGGUUCUCAAGUCCGAGGAGGGUAUUUGGUCAGCAACAUAAACAAUGGUCUCACGACCCUUACUCGAGAUGGGAUUACCAUCCCCCCGUCUUUGAUUGAUGCAUAUAUUGGGUCUUAUGAUAGCACGGCUUCCAUCUACUUGGCCAAAAUACUGACAGACUUGAAGAUCCCACAGAUCAGCUAUGCUUCUGGUAGUGAAGACCUGAGUGACAAGAGAGUCUUUCCUUACUUCUUCCGCACUGUGCCCUCAGAUGGGAACCAGGUGUCGGCAAUGCUGAGCCUGUUGGACCAGCUGGACAUCAGAUAUGUGCAGAUACUAUAUGAAGACAACAGUAAUGGUAACACAGCCAGAGAUGCCUUCAUUGCUCAGGCAGCUAGUAAAAAGAUUUGUGUUGCACAGACUGUAUCCUACCAAAAUAUUGGGAUUGUAAGCCCUCAAGUAGCAAACAGCAUUGUGUCCAAGUUGAUUGAGAUCCCUGCAGCUAAUACAGUCAUCACCUUCAUCGGAGCUGAAUAUGUGAAUGCCUUGUUGGCAGCUAUCACCCGAUCUCCCAGAGCCCAAAAUAAAUUCAGGUUCAUUGGAUCUGUGGCCUGGGCUGACAACCAGGAAGCAAUAUCAGGUGCUGAGAAAGCUGCUGUUGGUUCUAUCACAUUGAAGUUGGAUGCUGAUGAUAUUGAGGACUUUGAAAACUACAUGAACUCCAAAACCUUGUCCAACUCCAACUACAACCCCUGGUUUGAGGAGUACUACCAGAAGAUCCAGAACUGCUACACCUCCAAGGCCAACCCCAUGGGCUACCCUAGGGCCUGCUCUCUGACCCCUGCCAGCAUCAUCACCAGCCCAGGCUACCAGCAGGACCCAGGGGUCGUCUUCGUUAUCAAUGCUGUCUACUCUGCUGCCUUCGCCCUGCAUGAGACCCUGAAACUCAAAUGUGGUAAGUUGUUUACAAAGACAGAAAUUUAUUUUCCUCAAGGUGUCUCGUACUCAUCCGUGUGCCAGGCUUACAAAGGCAGCUCUGACCGUCGCACGCAGCUGGCCACUAAACUGGAAGGUGUCCGCUUCACUGACCCAGCUGGCAACCUGUUCAACUUUGUCAACCGCUCAGGCGUGUCCAACUACAGGUAUCUCUCCAUAGACAGGGGCUUGCUGGAUGGAGUGGUGUACAAUCAGAUUGGCUCCUUCAAUGGGACGGUGAACAUCAGCUCCAGCUAUAGCUCGAGCUGGGACAGUACGUGCAACAGACGGGAGGCCUGCGCUGAGUGCCCGGGGAUUAGAAACAGUGAUGUGCGAUACCUGUUUCACCCGAACGCCAACUUAAGCUCCACCGCCCCAGUGAUCAUUGGAUUUUUUGACAUCCACCAGCAAGGUGUUGACCCUUACCGUUGUGGUGACCUCAAUGUGCAGGGGUACCAGCAGUUCCUGGCCUUCUACUACACCAUCCAACAAGUCAUCUCUCAGUCUGACAGGAACAAGCUGAGAGUUCUGGCAAUUGACACAUGCUCCAACAACAUCAGAGUAGAUCAAGAUUUGUAUGGGCUGCUGGAAGGAGCAGGACUAUGUAACUCUAUUUUUGACCCAAGCUCUGGCAUAACUCUAGACAAGAUAGCAUCAGUGAUCACCCUAGGGGAACUAAACACUGCAGCAGCCUCCAGAGUUCUGGAAAACCCCAAAGUUACCUACCUUAGCCCCAAUGCUUUAAGCAGUCUGCUAGAUGACAAGCAGUACCUCCUUCGCACCAUUGCACCAAACAGCGCCAUGAUGCGCACCCUGGCAUCUCUGUUCAGCAAGUUGGAGUGGAAAUAUGUGGAUGCUGUGUUUGAGAGUGACAGGGCUGAGGGGAUCUAUGCUUGGGAGGAGUUUGAUUACUAUGCUGGGAAGAAUGACCUGUGUGUUGGUGAACCUCUUGCUUUGGAUGACAAAUUGACUGCAGCCAACAUUCAGCUGAAUGGAGAUAAAGGUUCAAAGGUCGUGAUUCUGUUUGGCACAACGGACUUUGUCAGACAAGUGAUGUCACUGUCAACAUCCCUGAUUGACCAGUACAUCUGGGUGCUGGGGGUGGAGUGGGAUGUGACCCCCGACUCUCUGAAAGGCAUCAUACCCCCGGGGAAGACGGUGAAACUUGUGACAACGAGAAGGAAGAGCUACCUUGUGGAGAGCUUCCAAAACUUUGCCAAAACAAACCUGCCUACUUUGAAGUGGUAUAAUGAGUGCACUAACAAACCAGACUGUAGUAAAGCAGUGGCAAAUGGCACCAACAAUUACGUACUGAACACAAUCCUGGCCACGUAUGCAGCUGCUGCAGGUUUCAGAGCUCAACCUGCUGGACAGGGCAUAAACAGAGCAACACUCAGGCAAUCAACCUUAGAUGUGACCUUGAACCUGAAUGCCGUGCCCAUUGCUGGGGAUCUGAAGCUGGCCAACCUGACCAAUGACCUGCCAUUUGACUUUGAGAAAUUGACAAGGUGGUGGAACUCUGGCUUUGAGAUUCGCAUACUCAGCGCCACGGCAGAUCAGUCCAGUGUUGUAACUAUCAAGGAACUCAAGAAAUUCCUGGUAGCAACCGACUUAACUGAUAGUCAACUUUCCGAGGCCAAAUCCGCGCUGAACAUCACCUCAGUCUGCACCAGCAAAACAGGCUGCGUAUGUGCUGCGGCGGCCGAAGUUAGCAAAACCUCCUCCCUCACAAACACAAUGACCUUUGCCCCCAGCAGGCCCCGCAACUACUACGCCUACCACGACAACGGCGACCUGAUGUACGAGUGGCCCGUGUGGGCCAUCGUUGUGGCCAUCCUGACAUCCCUCGGGCUCCUCAUAACUCUGAUCCUGUUCAUUUUCCUUCUAGCUGCCUACCAAAACAAAGGGGGCACGUCUAUUCUUGGGUACAUGGUCAUCGUUGGAAUUCUCGGCAUCUACGUUAUCAACUUCGCCUUCUUUGUUAACGCUAACGAAGGCACCUGCGGAAGCCGUCGGUUCCUCAUGGGUGUGGUCUACAUGAUAGCUUUUGCUCCCAUGCUGCUGAAGGCUAUUGACAACUGGAGGUUCAGCCAGGUGGAUGAUGACAAGGAAAGAUACAGUGGUAUAUCAUCAGCCUGUGCUCUGUUUAUGACAUCAAUUGGUAUUGUGCUGGUCCAGUGCAUCAUCCCUAUCAUCUGGCUCAUCCUGGUCCACCCCACUGCCAGCAACCUGCCUAUGGGAAACACGCGUCAUGACAACUGGUGGUGUGACCCACCGGCCGACUAUGACACCGGGAUUGUCUUGUCCAUGGUCUUUGUGAUGUUCAUUGUCUUCGUCACGGCCAUUUUCUCUGCCAUCACUUUUGACUCUGACAGGAACAACUUUGAGUCCAGGUGGAUAUUGUUUGGCAGUGUAGCCACAGCUGGAUGCUUUGUUGUCUGGAUGAUUGUGUCAACAAGUGCUGAGCCACCAUACAGGGAUGCCGCUGUGACUAUAGGCAACCUGGUAAACGCCACCCUGCUGGUGAUAGCCAUGCCCCUCCGCAAGUCUGUCCUCUUGUGUAGAGCUCUGACUAAUAAAGAGAAGGACGACCAGACCUCUGAAGUUUUAGACUAUGGCCACAACAUGGGAUACAGUAAUGAGAAUUAUCAGCUUGAUGAUUACGACAAUUAUAAGGAGAAAAGGAUCUAAACUUGAAACUAAUCAUGAUCUCGCCUGUGCAUAGCCCACACAAAACAUGUUCUUGUUCUCCUGUUAUCUCAAUGCAAGGACUGAAAGCCUGCUGCAACUUUUUUAUUUUUCUACUCACUGUGAAUGUGGAGCUGGUUGAAUGCAGUUGUUUGUUUAGCUACAUUUCAAUAGAUACAGAAGAUAAAAAUCAUUUUAGAACCAAAUUAAUUUUGAAAAUACAUUUGGUUGUAUUCUUUAAAUAUUUUUGAAGUUAAACUGGUUGAAUGCAGUUGAUUGAUUUGCUUUUUGCUAACACAGAUUACUUAGAUCAAUAUAGAUCCAAAUAGUUUUUUUAAAAAAGAAGUUUUCUUCCAUUUAAGGAUAUCUUUUUUUUCCAUUACUUUAAACUAUAAAAUCACCAUCUAUGAAUCUUAUUCUUCACAUUUUAGAACUUGAUUGUUACCAGAUAAGAAUGUAGUUAUGUGUGGAAAGUCUGUUGCUUUGAUAUUUGUUAAUCCCUGAAGUUAAAUACUAUGUAACAAUUUUUAUUUUAUUUAUAUAUAGAUAUAUAGAUAUAUUGAUGAAUACUUUAAAUAUUUGUGAAUAUUUUAUGAUCAAGACAAAAGUUGCCAAAAAUCAAAUUUCAAUGUGUGGAGUAUAUCAGUUUUGUUGCAUUACAUGUGCUAAAAAUGUCACAAUUAAAUUAUGAAAAUAAUCAAAUUAGAUCACACCACAACACUUGAGUGCCAGGUCUAAUUGAAAAACUUUUGUGAUAAACAGUGUAAGGACCUAUAUUUAUAUCUGUAAUAUAGAAAACUAUAUUUUUGUACAUUCCAUUGUUUUGACUGUUGUUUUACUUUAUGUCAGGCCUCAUUGUUUUUUUCUUUGUGUAGCGUUGUGUUGACCAUAUUUUGAAACUUUUUAUUUACACAUCUGAAUAUACACUAUACUUCCAUUUUUAUUACAAAUAGGUUUCAUAUAUUAGUUCAUUUAUUUUUGUAAAGAAAAUGAAAACAAAUGUAAGUUUAAAAAAUGGUUUAAAAGAAUAAAAAAAAUAUUGCUAAU